AUGACACCACAAGGAUCAUUGCCUAGUGACAUAAUUCCAAAUCCAAAGAGAGAUGGGGGCAUAAAGCGAGUGUUUGUCAUUUCCACAAGGCGGAGCAAAAUUCUAAAGAAGAGAUCCAUUGUAGUUAAGGAUGAUGAUGAUGAAGAGGAGUUGCCUCUCAAAUAUGCUUUUCCUAAAGUCAAGAAUCCCAAAGUUCCUAAGGUUUCUCUUCACAAGAUUGAUGAUACUCCUAAAGUUUAUGAAGUUCCUAAGCAAAAUGUACCUCUUAUAGUCAAUGAGACACCCGAGGUGGUUGAAGUUCCCAAGUGUGAAGUGCCAAUUGUAAGUCCUAUUGUUGUUGAAGAGAUUCACCAAGCACCAAGAACUUCUCAAAAUGACAAAGAAGUCCCUUCAAAAGAGAACAAACCAAGAAAUGAGGCAAGAAAGGAGGCACCUAGAGUGUACAAGCAAUUACCGAGACUGCCUCCUCCAUUUUCACAAAGAUUUGCAAAGCAACAACAAGAAGGUCAAUUGCAACAGUUCUAUGAUAUGUUGAAUCAAAUCACCAUCAGUGUGCAUUUUGUGGAAGCUCUUGAAAAUAUGUUGGGUUAUGCUAAAUUCAUGAAGGACUUGGUCACUAAGAAGAAUAAUAUUAAUUUUGAGACCAUCAAGGUCACCCACCAAUAUAGUGCAAGAAUCUCACAAAUCGGGGUUAAGAAGAUGGAAGACUCGGGGGAUUUCACUAUUCCUUAUGCUAUUGGGUUGACAAGCUUCGUAAAAGCUUUGUGUGAUUUGGGGGCUAGUAAUAAUUUGAUGCCCUAUGCCGUAUUCAAGAAGUUAGAUUUGGGGGAUCCUAGACCUACCACAAUGAAGUUGUUAAUGGCAUAUAGAACAUUGAAGAAACCAUUGGGUGUCAUCGAUGAUGUCCUUGUCAAAGUGGAUCGAUUCUAUUUUCCUGCCAACUUUGUAAUAUUAGAUUAUGAAGUGGAUAUAGAAAUUCCAAUCAUCCUUGGCAGGCCUUUCUUGGCUACCGGGCGAGCUAUUUGUGAUGUUGAAGUGGGAGAGCUCAAAUUUAGAUUGAAUGAUGAAGAGACAAUUUUUCAUAUACAAAAGUCAAUGAAACAACCAAUGAUUAUGGUGUGA